AUGACCGAGCAGACCAAAGCAGCGGCCCCAUCGGCACCAGGAGCCCCAUCACGUCCUCACUACUCUAGGGACUUCUUCUGGUCCCCCCUGUGGAGCUGGUGGCAGCAGCCCACCCCUAGCAGCCUCCUUCCCAACCAGGAUUUCGGCCUGCCACCGUUCCUAGAGGCCGGUGACCUCCGUGACCUCAGCUGGAUGGAUAACAUCCAUAGACUCCUGGCAGCCAGCUCCUGGACUGGGUACGUUCCCUCUCUGCCCCUCUUGGUGCCCUCCUUUCCGGCCCCGGCCUCCUCAAUGCACCAGCUAGCCCCCAAGCUGAGCAGGGUAGAGUCUGCAGGGUUGAAAGGGCUGUCGGAGGUCCGGGUGGAGGGGCACAAUUGGAGGAUCACCCUGGAUGUCAGUCACUUCUCCCCCGCAGAGAUCACUCUCAGGACCCGCAGCGGCUUCCUGGAGAUCGGAGGGACUCAUGAAGAGAGACCAGAUGAGCAUGGCUUUGUUGCUAGAUGUUUCACCAGGAGAUACAUGCUCCCGAUAGGUAUUGUCUCUAAGACCAUACGAUCGUCUCUGUCUGGUGAUGGAAUUCUGACUGUAGAGGCUUCACUUCCUGACCCCAGCAUCCCUGAUGACAUCAUAAUUCCCAUUCAGGUGCAGAAGGAGACCAUAAGAGAAGAGGUAGAGGAGGGUGGAGCUAAGCCAGAGGAGACUACUGUAGCUGACACAGACUCCCAGCCUUCUCCAUCUGCCCCUGCUGUGGCCCCUGUAUCCCUGGAGGCGCCUGACUUCACUCCCGCAGAGCCUGGCACCAUGCUCCCCACAGAGACACCCAAGGAUGGGGACAAGUUAGCACAGGAGGUCCCUGGAGAAGAGGCUCAGCCAGACAGCGCCACGGCUGAGCCAAAGAGCCAUGAGGAAGGGAGAGGAGGAGCAGAGGAGGGGGAGACACACACUAACCCAGAGCAUGUAGAUAAAGAGGGAAAAGAGGGAGAAGGGCUUCCAGAUCCCACAGAGCCCUUUGAGCACCUUGAUGCCCCUGACUCCCCAGACACAGUCACGUCCGACCGCGGGGAACACAAAACAGACCCAGCUCAAGACCAUGACGAAGAGCCCCAGCACUCGGAGGGCUCAGGGGAGGCAGCCGAGGCCCCGCCCCAGCCUGAGGAGCACGAGCCAGGCAUGAGUCCAGCAGAGGAGGGGGCCCACCACUCUCAGGAGCUGGAAGUUCCAGAGCACCCUGAUAUGGAGCAACAGGCAUACACCAAGUAGAGAGAGAGAGAGAGAGAGAGAGAGAGCGAGAGAGAGAGCGAGGGGGGAUGAGACGUGACUGAGAGAGAGAGAGACAUGGCUGUAAUUUCAUAAGGAAUUUGCUAAGAUUCAAAACAUCCAUCCCAAGCGCCUGCAUUCUGCAGACUUCCUCUUUAGGAAUAGCCUGGUCCCAGAUCUGUUUGUUCAACCAAUUGUAGACAAUGACCAUAAGAAUUGGCAAGACAGCACAAUCAGAUCUGGGAUCAGGCUACUUCUUCACCAGCUAGCAGCAAAAGCUUGCAUAAUAACCCUGAUUCUAUCAAUGUGCGUGUGAGUGAAGAACCACACACUGUCAC